AUGUACAGACAGUCUGGCAAAACUGUUGUCCUAGGAGGCUUGAAGGUUGGGACAAAGCGCCUCUAUGUGCGAACGAUAACGGCAGAUCUUGUAGAAAUCGAGCCCGUAUGCGUGCUUGACUUCUACGUGCACGAGUCCUGCCAGCGGAAAGGCAUCGGCAAGGCGUUAUUCGAGCACUUCUUGAAUGCAGACGGCUGCGACCCGGCCUGCCUGGCGUACGAUCGGCCGUCCCCCAAGCUGCUGGCCUUUCUGCGGAAGCACUACGGGCUCCAGGAGUACGUUCCGCAAAGCAAUAACUACGUCGUGUUUAACCGCUACUUCGAGCUGAACCCAACCGCGGCGAGCACAUCUCGCGGCCAGGGCCGCCUGGGCAGUCGCGGCUCGGCCACGUCUGGGAGCACCACUCCCAACGUGCACCCUCUUCACAGCUCUCGAUCCACACCGCCGGUGCCGCCGCCAGCGCUGUCACGGCUCCCGCUAUCGCCCCUGCCCUCCGCACCAGCGCACCCCGGCUGGGGCGGCGCGGGUGGUAUGCCGGGAAGCUCGCCCAGCUUUGGCCGCCGCUGGGCGUCCAGAAACUUCGGGCCAGGGACAGGGCAGGAAAGCAGCUCCGGCGCAGCGGCCACACCGUACGGCGUUGGCGAUGGUGAGGCCAGCAGCUACAAUCGCUCCCUUGGCGACUCCCUGGACGCUUUCUCCAGGUCACAUGUGAACGCAUGUACUGGCGGGCGGCAAUCGGCGUCAUGGGAAGGGCCGGGGCCAUCUGGCGUACCACCUGGCAGCCGCAGUGGCUACGCCUCACGACCGCCAUGGGCGGUGGACGACGGUCUGCCCGGUGGCGAUGGCAGCCCAACAGGUGUGUCGGGCUACGGCCCUGCCGCGGCGGCGUCGGUGGCACGGACACCGCAACCACUGGAGCAGUUAGGGCCUUCUUUGAGCUCUACGCCAACCCGGGGCCCCCUGCAGUCCAUUCUCAGUGGCGGUGGGGUCCGCGAUGGUGGAGGCAGCGGCCCACAUUUGCGGGCGCUGCAGCUGCAGGUGGCGGCGCUCCAGCUUUCGGAUGGGACAGGGACGGGGUCACAGGGCACUGGGGCUAUGCAGACGCCUCCCCCGGCGUCCCAGCAGCAGCAGUGGGGUCGCACGGGUGCCCCGGGUACAGGCAGUCGGCUGGGCGGCGGCGCAGAGAAUACGGCAGCGGCGGGACGCAGUGCAGCGCGGAUUAUGGCUGUGGCGCAAAAGUCCGGGGCGGGUGCAGCAGAUUGCCUCGUAUGGUGA